AGCGCAGCCACACUGGUAGUAACAAAAUAAAACAUAACAAUUGAUAACGAAUAAUAACAAUGGACCUGCAAUUGGACAGCGAAAGCUAUUGGAACCGAUCCUCUCGCGCAGCGUUCAGCUUCGACGACGAGGACGAGGUGGACCUCGCCCCGGAUCUGGCUAGCAAUGGCAUCCUCGCCGACGACACCAUUUCGGAGGCCAGCUUCAACAACAGUGUCGCCCUGAAUCUGUCGAUCAAAUCCAUUCUGAGCGAGGAGGCAUUGAAACUGGUGCUGCAGGAACAGGCGCUGGACGACAGGGUCCUGCCCAAGGGCGUCUCGCCGGAGGAGGAGCUCAAGCUGCUGCGCCGCCAGCUGCAGAGCACCCUGUACAGCCCCAACCUGGAAGCCACUGCACAGAAGUUGCUGCAGGGAAAGACUGCGCCUUUGGAGAUGUUCAAGUCGCUGCAUGAGAAGCAGCAGCUGCUGGACACCCUGAUGGCACAAGGUGGUGGUCAUGCCGUCAUUACAGUGUUGCUCUUCCUCAAGAGAACUCUGAAUACCACGCAGUUUCAUGGCAUUCUGAGGGAGAGGCCCAAGGCCUUGGAUCAGUAUCUGAGUUACCUGAAGGAAAGCGGCGACCUAGCAGGCCAUAUUGAGGUACUGCAGCUAUUUGGACGCCACCAGGAGGCGGCUCUUAAGCAGUUUCAGGCAGCGCUCGCUUCCGGAGAUGCGAGCACCAGAAAGAAACACCUCCAGCUUUUGGUGGAUGCCUAUGCCACAGCGGGAGUGGGUGUGAUACCUCUCUACGAGCAGGUUUUUCACGCUGCCCUCAAGAUGCAGCAGCUAAUGGAGAAGGAUAGCGCGCUCGGCAAGCUGCUUCGGAAUCAGCCCACUCCAGUGGAAGUGCUCUAUGCCUGCUGCCAGGUGAACAGCAAUUGGAAAGAGCAGGAUAUGCUGAAACCAGUGUCACCUCAGCGCUUUGCCGCUGACCAGCAAAUAUCCCCGGCCCAGUACGAGUGGACGGCGCUCAAUGAACGAGCGCAGGCACAGGCUUAUGCGGAUCUGGAGUGCAUAUUCGAGCGGGUGCCCAGUUGGCAUCCGCUGAAGACCAAACAGUUUCACAUCAGCUUCGAUCUAACGCUGGCCGUUCUCCGGCUGUACGAGCUUCAGGCACCGUCGACCGUCCUCCAGUUAUUCCUCUCCAAGAUGGGCAACAGUGUGGAGAAACUGGCGCUGGCCCAGCGGGUGAAGUGCAUCAAGGCGGUCAUAGAUGCCAUGGCCGGGUUGAAGCAGCAGCAGGAGCUGCAGCAGCUCAAGGACACCCUGCCUGAGCGAUCCGAGGAGCAGUUCUACUGCGAGAAUGCUUUGAAAAGCCUGCAGAGCAAGCGCUGGACCACGGACAACAUCAAGCUCAAGUUGUAGAAUCGACUCGCUUUUACUUGUAUAAACGUAUUUUACUGUUAAUCAUUUAUAUGUGUAUAUAAUUAUAUUACUACUACUCUGGUUUUAUUAAAUAAUUGCAAAUCACAAGCUGAAUAUCGAAUAAAAAACAAAAAUUUGUAUCAUUUGUA